GCGGCGCCAUCUGGCGGACACGCCGAGCUGACGAUCACAACAUAACCACGAAAAUAAUAAUGUUAAAUUAAUAUUAUUGUUAUUAUCAAUGACGUUUUAAUUGUUACACACGGAAAUAAAUAUCUCGCUGACAGUAAUGUUGGGAUGAAUCAAAGCAAAAUGCAAUUUGUGGCUCAUCAUCGCACUAUUAAAUUAGAGUGACUUGCCACAUUUAUCAGUGAUAAUAAUAACUACAAGUAUUUUUUAAAAAUUACUUAUGUAAUAGUUGUUAGUGGGUCAAAAUGAACUCCAAGGCAGUUGCAGCGAUUGCAACCACACUUUUGGGCUGUGGUUUGAAUAAUGUUUUUCUGGAAUACAUAAUAAAGCAAGACCCGGGGUGUGGCCACCUCAUCACCUUUGCCCAGUUUUUAUUUAUUUCCAUUCAUGGGUUUGUUAUGACUUCGAAGUUUGGAACGGUCACUCCGAAAAUUCCCUUCCAAACUUACUUAAUCCUAGUUGUUCUGUUUUUCCUGACGAGUGUUAUAAACAACUGGGCCUUUAAUUUCAAUAUUCCGGUGCCGCUACAUAUGAUUUUUAGGGCCGGCUCACUUAUUGCAAACAUGAUUAUGGGAAUCUUAAUAUUGAAAAAGAGAUAUACUCUUGAGAAGUACGUAUCUGUUGCUAUGAUCACUCUUGGGAUUAUUAUUUGUACGCUGAUGUCUAGUGGUAAUAAGAAAGUUGAGGCUUGUGUUGACUGUGAUAUUCAAGUGGAGAAGAAAGAGGCCGAUGACCACUUUUUCUGGUGGAUUAUAGGAAUUGCGUUACUGACUGGAGCCCUCUUAUUGUCGGCCCGUAUGGGGAUUUAUCAGGAGUCAAUUUAUAAACAUUAUGGGAAGCAUCCUCAGGAAGCCCUAUAUUAUACUCACUUGUAUUCCCUCCCAGGAUUUUUGAUCUACUCCCCCAGUAUUUGGCAACAUAUGCAGAUUGCGUCCCAGUCAGAACCGUACGAAAUCCCCAUUGUGAACACCAUAGUUCCCAUGUUAUGGUUGUGGAUUGUUUUGAAUGUUGUUACGCAGUAUUUAUGUAUCAGUUCGGUGUAUGUUUUAACGACUGAGUGCACUUCGUUGACUGUUACUUUAGUGAUUACUUUGAGGAAGUUCCUUUCUUUGAUAUUUUCAAUUGUUUAUUUCCAAAAUCCGUUCACUAUCUACCACUGGUUUGGCACCGCUUUGGUCUUCUUUGGGACGCUGUUGUUUGCCGAAGUGUUCACUAAAUUGAAACAGUCCAAUGCCGAGCAAAAGGCAAGCAAGAGUGUGAAGAAAACUAGUUAAGUAUUUUUGUUGUUUUUCCUAGUCGUGACAAAAACCAGUGUAGUUUAAAAGUUUAUUAGAAAAGUUUGAACAAUAAAAAAAUAAAACAGUAA